AUGCUCCCCCUCGGAACAAUCUACACAUACCCCAACAACACCCGUGUCUUCAAAAUCCUCGCAGCCGCCAACCUCAACAACCUAACCCUCACCCUCGCCCCAUUCGAACUAGGCAAAACCAAUCAGACCCCAGAAUUCCUAUCCACCUUCCCCCUCGGUAAAAUCCCCGCCUUCACAUCCGCCGAUGGCAGUGUAAAUAUCGUCGAGUCAGACGCCAUCGCGCAGUAUGUCGCUGAGAACGGUCCUGCCGCGGAGCAGCUGCUGGGCCGGACGACUGUUCAGCGCGCGCAGAUACGGCAGUGGAUCAGCUUCGCCACGAACGAGAUGGAAGCGUCCAUAAUUCCGCUGGUGCUCUGGCGGAUUGGGCGCGCUGAGUUUGAUUCCCAGAAGGAAGGGGCUGCGCUUAAGGGCCUGGAGAGGGCGUUGGGCUGUUUGGAGACGUGUCUGGAAGGGAAGACGUGGUUGGGUGAUGGGGAGGGGGUGACCUUGGGGGAUCUUAGUAUUGCUUCGGCGUUGGUUCCGGGGUUUAUGUUGGUUAUUGAUGAGGAGAUUAGGGGGAGGUUUCCGGGUGUUGUGGGGUGGUAUGAGAGGGUUAUUGGGGCGGAGGGGGUUAAGGAGGCGUUUGGGGAGAAGGUCUUUAUUGAGAAGAGGGAGGGGGCUCCUGUUUAG